UGUGUAUAAAUAUUGGACAAGCCAAUAAAAAAGUUUGGUUAUCCUUGAACGGAAAAAUGUUGACAACACUCUCCCGCUUUUCCUUGCUGAGAUUCCCGGCUGCAAUUAAUACGACAGCAUCUCACUUCCACACAUCCCCUGUUUGCAAUGAAAUUCGGAAGCUGGCCCGGUUGCGAGUUGUGGACAACAGUGAGAUUGGGAAGGCUGCAAUGAUGGAAGGAAAGCCUCCACGAUGUAUUCAUGUGUACAACAAGAGACAGGUGGGAUUAAUCGGUGACAAGGUGCUCGUAGCCAUUAAGGGACAGAUGAAGAAGGGAGUGCUCGUGGGGCUCAAACAGAAGCAGAAGAUGAAGGUUCCCAAAUUCGAUAGCAACAACAUAGUCCUCAUUGAUGACAACGGAACCCCACUGGGUACGCGCAUUCACGUUCCCAUCCCAACGAUCCUGAGGACAAUCUUGAAGGAGAGAACUCACAACAAAGGCACGGACUACACAAAAGUCCUGGCCAUUGCCACGAGAUUUGUCUAAAAGAAAUUCAAUUAUUUAGUUAUUUUUCGUAAUUAAAAAUUUUAAAAUAUUUAAAAA